AUGUCCAAUAGUCGUUAUGGAGAACAAUCCCCAAUGAAAAUAGUAGGGGUAAGUCAAGGAUCAGAUCAUCAUUUUGUUCUUAGUUCUUCUAGUCAUGAUGCUCCUCUUAUGGCUGGUUCUGGAAUUCCUGCUCUUAUCUCUCCUAUUAAUAGUGCUAGUGCGGGUACCGUAUCCUCACAUUCCGAUAGUUACACUACAUCAGACUCAUCUUAUAAUAGUGUCCCUGAUGAGCCACUUCUUGGAAUAAGAUAUAUACCUCAGGGUGAUCAAAGUAAUAGUGAUAGUGAUAGCGAUACUGGUGGAAAAGGAAAAAGUCAUCAUCAUACGAAUAGUGGUUUGUAUAAUAAUAAUAAUAAUAAUAAUAAUAAUAAUAAUAAUAAUAAUAGUGGUAAAAAUGAUAGUUGUAAGGAAAAUCAAAAGCAGUCGGAGAAUCAAAAUCAAAGGAGUGGAAAAACAGUACAUCAUUCACAAUCCUUUGAUGCCUAUGAAGAUGAGGAAGGCGAUGAUGAUGAUUAUAAUAAUCAUAAUUAUAAUAAUAAUCAUCAUCAUCAUUCUCAUCAUUCUUGUGUAAAUGAGAAGCGGGAACUACCACAUAAUGACUCCUAUUAUAGUCUAUGGAGUAGUAUAGAAAGUACACGAAUGUUAUCUUUGCGUAAUGAAGCUUUGAGAUCACGGAGUAAACAACGUAAACAAACAGCCGUUACUCCUACUAAAAAAGAUCAAAGAAUCUCAAACACAGCUUCUCCUUCUUCAGCAGCUCGAGAAAAACAAAAAGAAAAAGAACAUCAUCAUUAUCAUUAUCGGGAAGGAAUCCAAUGGGUAUCCUCUUCUUCUGAUAAUGACCGUAGUAAACCUUUACAUCGUGCGGUGGUUUGUUUAUUUGCUGAUAAGAUUGAUAAGAAAAGUGGAUCCAUGGUGAUUGUUGAAUCAACUGACGAUGUGCAGUUGAGCUCCGUUUGCAGAAAUACGGGGAAUAAAAGUUUUCCUCUUGAGCAGGAAGUGGAAGUGAAUAGAAAGUUAAAUAUAAAUAGUAGUCCCCAUGCUGUGAAGAAGAGUGAUAUUAACAACGAUGGUCAUAAUAAUAAUAAUAAUAAUAAUAAUAAUAAUAAUAAUAAUAAUAUGGGCUCAUCACCGAAGUUUACGGGGAAUAAAUAUCGUGACCCGAAUACUCCUGAGAAAAAAAAAACAAUCACUCCACAAGAAGAAAAAGAAGAAGAAGAAGCGUAUUAUCAUCUUAAAGGACAUGAUACAGUUUUGAGUUUUGGUGGUAGUUAUAAAGCGGGAUCUCGUGAAGUCCAAGAAUCUAUUUUACCAUCCGUUUCCAUAUAUGAUCUACCAACAACAACAACAACAACAACAACAGGAAAAAGAAGAAGAGAUAGUUCCAGUGAAAUACGUUGUUGUUUUGUUGGAGCUCCAUUUGCAGAGAAAUCCAAACAAGAGAUGACCUUCUCCAUACCUAUAGCAGAAAAUGUAGAAGAUGUUCAUCUUCACAACACGAUAUCCACAUCACCACCAUCCUCAUCAUCAUUAUGUACAAACAAACAACAACAGCAGCAGCAAGAAGAAGAAAAACGACAGUAUCUCAGUGAUAUUAUUCAACUGUUGUUUGUGCCGGAGUCUAUUGAUGCGGAGGAACGUGGUGUACGUCGUUGGAUUCGCAGUGUGAAUCGACUUCGACGACACGGUGCUCUCUGGGCAGAAAUGGAAGAUAAUGACUCUCAAGAAGAACAAGAACAAGAAGAAGAAGAGGAAGAAGAAGAAGAAAAGGAAAAAGAAGAGUCUUUAGAUCAGAUUGAGAAUAGGGAAUCAAGUAUGGCUGAAAUGAUUACAAAGGAGGAAUAUUUACCAGUAAGAUCAGAAACGACAACGCACACCGCGUUUGCUGUAUCGUCGUUGCAAACGCCAGAGAGAAACUUAACAUCCACAAGUGUAGUUCCCACAUUUCUUGAGAUUGCAAAUAUGAAUAUGGAUGGAGAUGGUAGAGUAAGUGGGGAAUCGCAUAUUUGUCAUUGGGGCACACCAUCUAUGCAGGCGUAUGCAAUGGAAAUGCAUUCUCUCGUUUCUCCCAAAUCACGUCGACGUACAGGUACUACUCUAAACAGUAAUCAUAGUGGUAGUGAUAAUAAUAGUGCGAAUAGUAGUAAAAUCCAUAGUAGAAGUAAUAGUAGUCAUAUGGGUUCAACUGCUGUGGAUAAUGGGAAUGGCUCUUGUGGUUGUGUUUUUCAAGAAAUAAAGGUAUCCUCUGCAAGUUUAAAGGCAGGAGGAGUGAAAAAUGCCAGACAACAACAGAAGCAGAAGGAGAAACAGGGAGAAAUGAGGGAUGUUGAGAAAUCACUUGCAACAUCCACAUAUAUUCUGCAGAGAAAGUUAGGUAGUGAAAAGGAAAUGGAUGAAAACCAUCCUAUAGGUGAUGAAAAUAAUAAUAAUAAUAAUUAUAAUUAUAAUGAGAGCAUUAGUAGUAGUAGUAGUAGUAGUAGUAGUAGUGGUAGUACUGGGAAUGAAAACAAGCAUAAUCACAAUAUCCAUAAAAAUGAAAAUGAUGACGAUGGUGAUGAUGAUAAUAAUAAUAAUAAUAAUAACAGAAGCAAGAGUAAACGAGAUAGUUGUAUUCGGGCCCUUAAGCAGUAUCUUGUUCUCUUGGCUACUUUUAUGCCAUUAUCACUCUUUGUUGGACUUUCUAUGUUUACAUCUGCUGUUGCCAUCUCUGGACUUUUCAUUUUCAUGGUUGCACUAAUCCUUAGUGUAUUGGUCUAUCGACAUGUGGUUGAACUCUAUUCUCUCUGCUUUUCUGUUAAUUUAUGGCCUUCCGCUUCUUCCUCGGAGCGCCGUCAAAGUAACAUCCAUGGUGAUACUAUUGGUAAUAGUAAUGAUGGAUCUUGUAAUGGUAGUUGGUUAUUACUUUCACCGAGUUUACUUGAACUCACUCAACGUAUUGGUGGUAGGUAUUUAUAUUUUACGACUGCUGUACUUUAUAUGGGUACACUUCUUUCCGCUGCCAUUUUAUUUCUCUCAUUUGGUUUUACUUUAACAGGUGGUGCAGUGGCAUCUAUUAAUACCUUAUGGGAUCAUUCCACCUUUGAUAUUGUGAGUAUUCUAAACUCUCCAAGAGGUUGUGUUCUUGGAGCACAUAUUCGCUUUGUAGCCUUAUUCCCUUUUUUAUUGGUAGUUGUUUGUAUUGCGGGUCCCGCUAAAGGCCGUAAUCGAUUCUGUUGGUGGUGGGAAACUGGAAUAUUUCGUCUCCUCUCAUUUGCGGUGUUUGGUUUAUAUUUUCUCACAACUGUGGCUUUGCAGGUGCGAUGGACACUGCAGCGAUCCCCCAGUUGGUUUGAUAUUCCCCUUCGUUUUUUUGUUGAACACACAUGGGAUCGUAAUGUGCCGAGUAUGGCUUGGAUGCAGGAUACACUUUCUUAUGUAGAUUACUGGAUGGACUGGAAGGGAUUAGCAUAUAUCUUAUUACGACUCUCAUUAAGUUUAGCCUUACUUGCUUGGCUUUUUGCAUGUGGGGUGAGUUUUGUAAGAGCGGGAACAUAUCAUCUUUAUCUUCUUCCAUUGCUGUGGAAACGUAAAUCACCAGGUGUAUAUUUACGAAGAGAGAAAGAGGAUCAUUAUUGGUUUUCUUCUGGUUCUUUUCAUAGUGGAGUUUUUACAGAAAGUGGAUUUGGUACAACAUUCCGUUGGGCAUUUAUACUAUUUCUAAGUAUCACAUUAGUAUUUACCUUUACGGCUUUUGUGGGAACAACUAUGUAUAUGCCGUCGCUUGCAGCCCCAUUGUCACUACGAUUGCUUUGGACCGCCGUACCACGUAAUGCUAAUAGUAGUAGUGAUAGUAAUAGUAAUAGUAAUAGUAGUAAUAAUAUUACGUAUUCAAUGGCUUAUAGUAAUAGUGAUAGUCAAGAAGAGAUGGUGGUAUGUUCCCUUGGUAUUAUGGAAGGUUUACAUGUAGGGUCCUUACGGUUUGCAGCUGUAUUGAGUUUCCUCACAGGAUUUGUCUUCUUUGCAUGGGUACCGUAUUUUAUUGUGCAUGUUAGUAGUAUGUUGGCUAAUCUUCGUCCAGGAGCACAAUUAGAGGAACGUCAAGCCUUUGCGGUUUCUGCCUUUCUGCGAUCUAAACAAGCGGCCGAACAACCUCAUGGAGUUAGUAGUAAUGAAGAUAGUUCCUCACAUAUGGCAAGAGAUACUACUUCUACCUCUGUGGAUUGUAGUUCUGGUGAUAUUAUGGUUAUGGAUGAUAAUAAUAACAAUAAUAGAACGGAAAGGAAAUUAUUUUCACGGUGGUUUUCACUAUCAUGCUGGUUUCGUAAUUGUAUAUCCCGUUCUAAUAGAAAUAACGAAAUCUCUGUACGUGAAUCGGAGAAUAGUUAUACAAUGAAUAAUAAUAAUAAUAAUAAUAAUAAUAAUAAUAAUAAUAAUAAUUCUAAAACAAAAAAGGUAGAGAAAAAGUUUGUUAAACUUGGUAGUGUAGUCUUUGAUCUCUCAAGUCCUUUCAUAACUCAUCCAGAGCAAUAUUAUGCCACAACCCGCGCAGGUGAUGGUAUUCGAGUAUUAGAAUUAUUUAAACAUCUUCGUCGAAUGACAUUAGAAGGAAAUUGGCUUCGUUAUCAUAUUAUGGAAGUAUUACUUCUACGAGUUCCUUUUUUAUUUCUUGUUAUCAUGGUAACUUCAUUACUUGUGGCUGGAGGAAGUGCCCGUUGUUAUGGAUUCUGGGCAUUUUGGGAAACAGAACCCGUGGAAUUAUCCCAACAACUUCCCUGGAGUGUAUUAGACAAUGGAGGUGGUAAUAGUAAAUCUCCUCAUUGUAGUAAAUUUGUUUCUGUUAUUAUUAGUGAUCAAUUGUAUGGACGAAUUGUUCUUUUUGCGGCUUUAAGUGGUGGAUUCUUUCUAGCGCCAUUAGUGUUUUCAUUACCGGUGUUAUUAUUAUUACGAUCUUGGUGGGAACGACGGCGGUGUUUACGAUUAAAUACAUCUGUAGCCCGUAUAGUAUGUAAGGAAUCCUGCUGUGAAGAAAUAAAUAAUAUCACAGUAAUACCGCAGGAACAAAGUGGAGAUGAUGCGAUGGCGAAUAUGUCUGUGCGUUUGUUAGAACACACAAUACCCCCGUCUUCAUCUUCACAAUCCAUUAGCACUAAUACUACUACUAAUACUAAUACUAAUACUAAUUCUACUAUUACGAUGAGAAGUAAACAAAGAAAUAGAGGAAAAGAAGAAGAAGAAGAAGAAGGUAGUAGUACAAGUGUACAUAUUCCUCUAUUAAAUGAGAGACCACCGGCUUUGGGAUUAUCACAAGAUGCCCUGCAGGGUGGUUUGAUGGGCGUCCGUUUCUUUGUAUCGAUGCAGCAGAGUGAAGGGGCGGUGAGUGUAAUGGAGAGAAAAAUACGAUAUAGAAUGAAGGGAGACGCAGCAGCAGCAGAGAGAAGCUCCAUUGCAGAGAAGAUGGGAAGACAUCGUUAUCCUACCUAUAAUGCCUCACUCGCACCUUCACAGUAUUAUUAUCUUCUUAAACGUGAACAAUGGGAAAGUGGAAGAAGUAAAAAGACCAGUUUAGCUAUGAUAUGUUGGAAAUGUAAAAUAUUCCUACAGUCAGCAUUAAGUAUAAUGUUAGAAGUAUUAUCACUUCUGGUGGGGUUACUGGCAUUUCUAGGAGCAUUGCGAGCCACGGCAGCUCUCGCAGACCAAUAUGGUAUUUGGACAAACUAA